GUGUGCUGAAGAUCUCUCUCUGUCUCACUCUCUCUCUCUCUCGAAUAGUCUGUGAUGUGUAAGGGGCUCUCUGCCCUCCCUGCAUCAUGCCUGGAGAAGGCAAAGGGGAUGAAGGUGAAGCUAACACACCUGGCUGAAAAACCAUACAAACAAAAAUCUCGUGAGGAAAAAACUCCUCCUGAUCUCGGGUCUCUGCUCCACAGCAAGGAGGGUCUGAAGCUGUUCUGCUGGUUCCUGCGCUCGGAGUUCAGUGAGGAGAACCUGGCCUUCUGGCUUGCCUGUGAGGAAUACAAGACCAUGCCUGAGACCAAACUGUCCUCAAAAGCCCAGAGCAUCUGCACUCAGUUCAUCAACCCUGACGCCCCACAGGAGGUGAAUCUGGACAGCGAGACGCGUGAGGCGCUGAUGGACAGGAUGGACACGCCCGAUGCCAACACAUUUGCCGAAGCUCAGCAGUACAUCUUUACCCUGAUGGCCAAAGACUCGUUCUCUCGCUUCCUACAGUCGCCUUACUACAAGCAAAGAGCCAGAGGGUGUUAGAUGUAACAUCACAACCUCCCUGGCGUCUCUGCCAUGUCCACUAGCAAUAGUAAGAGUGUUAAUGUAGAUGCUAGUUUACUUUAGCUACGUCUCAAAUUGUUCACUUUUCAAUGAAUAAGCGAAUGAUAGACUACAAAUAUUGAAAUUUCUGAAAAGGGAUUCCAGAUUUCUGGAAGCCAUCAGAGGAAACCACAUCGCUACAGGUUUGGUAAACUAAGAGCACCCAUGGUGAGUUGUAAAAUAAGUGGCUGCUCCUGUGGAUUCUGUUUCAUUAAUACAAAAUUAUUAGUGUUUGACUACUACUAAUUCAAUAAUGUGUAGAGCGUUAGUAUUUAGUACAUGGUGUGCGAUUUGAGAUGUAGCCAUGCUGUAGCAUUUAGUCUUCACGCAUCGCUGUGUGCUCUGUGUUCACAUAAAAAGUCAUACAAUGUAGCAAAUAUUGAAGAGGAAUAAAUAUAUCUGAGAAAUUGA